UCCACGACAUUAUAAUUUAUUGUGAUUCACCUGUGUAUUAAAAUCCUAUAGCUUUCUCUUUUCAUAGCAGCAGUGCGCUUCAGGCCAGCAGAGGGCAGUAGAGUGCACAGAUCAAACGUCUGUCAGUAGUAGAGGAAGACUAUUGUUAUUAGACGGUGGACACUUGGAUUAAAACAAAUUGACAGAUAAACACAAAAAAUCAUAACAAUUUUGCAUUUGUAGAUACUAAGGCUUUAACUGAAGAACCAGAACUGUUAACCCAUCCCGUCCAAAAUGGUUAAUGUCUUAAAAGGAGUUCUCAUUGAAUGUGACCCAGCUAUGAAGCAAUUUCUUCUAUAUCUGGACGAGACAUCUGCAUUGGGGAAGAAAUUUAUUAUCCAGGAUUUGGACGACACACACGUUUUCAUCCUAGCUGAAGUCGUGCAGAUUCUCCAGGAGCGAGUAGGUGAACUGAUGGACCAGAAUUCAUUCCCCAUCACCCAGAAAUAAAUGUCUGAAUCUGACAGAAGACCCUGCAAUCUGUGGAAGCAGAUGGAUGUGGAGGUUAUUUCAGCACAAUCGCACAAACGGAAGUAACUGAAAUGUAUAGAAGACUGGGUACCAGGAUGUUGCCUGUUAUCAUUAUUGUGUUGCAUACAUUUUUCAUCUGAAAGAAUUAUAAUUUUCAAGUGCUUUAUGUUGCUUAUGUUUCAAAGACAGCUACUUGAAUAUUUGCUGUGUUUUGACAGUAUGGUCAAUGAAACAUGUUUUUGCAUGGAAAAUGGCUGUAGCUGCAGAAAGAAACAAUAAAUUGUUUUAUUUCUUUUCCAACACUUCGGAAUUGUAUACAAACUGAAAGCAAAUGGUUGAUGACAGUGUGAUUUGUAUGCAUAAUAUACAAUCAUCAAAUAAAAAAAAUAUAAAAAACGUUCUCAAAAUG